AUGACAGUCGAAAGCUUGUACCGUGUCAGCCAUCCUUUACGGGGCCUCCUAUCGACAAUAGCUGGCUUGGUUUUGAAUUUCAUUACUAAGUCGGAAGUAGCGUUGAAACAUAAACAGAUACCUUUUUCAAAUAUUAAUAGACUCAUAACAGUACGAUCCAAUGUUGAAGUUCCUGAAGUUGGAAACUUCGACUAUCCAGUUGUUGCUAUUUAUUGGAUUGAAAGGGAGGUGAUUGUCCGCAGUGAAGAGAAACAGUGUAAGAUUCCAAAUUUGGCAGACUACAUGCGUAGGGCGAAGCCCUCUGUCGCCCCUGAUGCUCCUCAGAAGCAGUUAGCAUGGACCCAUCAAAUCAAACAUUCUACCUCACAACAGCAUGAUACACCAGGAACCUCUGUGGCUUCAGCAGUGACUCAAGAUGUUGUAAAUCACCAAGUAUACAAGGCACUUCCUGUGUUGGAAUCAACUUGCAUAUCUGAACCGUCACCUAUAAGACCUGCAGAAACCAAUGCAAUAUCUUUAGAAGCAGGUCCUGCUACAUCAACCCCUGAAGAAAAUGUCAGAGGUCUUCCCUCACGAACAUACAAAAGUUUAAAAGAUAUUGUAACCAGAGGAUUUUCAAACAAGGGACCCGAUACCUCCUUGAGCCCACAAAGCCAAUUGAGGCAGGCUGGUAUAUACCUUCAACCCCAACCUGUUCAAUAUCGGCUAUCUCAACAGCAGCAGCAUCAGCAACAGCCACAUCAGCAGCAACAACAACAGCAACAUCAACAGCACCAGGUCAAUGACAGUUAUCGAGUUUAUCCAGUUAACAGCAACUAUACGGAGACUCCUAGGAGAGAUUUAUCCAAGGCCCAAAGUCAUGAUAGUCUAUUAGGACAAGACAAUAGGUACAGGCAAGAUGGAGUUAGUCAAAGUAUUUACAUGCAGCAACAAAAUCAAAGGAUUGUUUAUUCAGGUGCUGGACCAAGUCGCGUUCCAUAUUUCUACAAUAGUCAGCAAACUGCUGACACCCAGUUUUCCCAUCAAGAAACACCCAGAAACAGACAGUAUGGCACUAGGCACUUUGAAUACAGUCCAGAGCAGUUAGCAUCACAAAGGAGACAUUUUGCCGAACAACAAAGGCAUAAUGAAAUUCAACAGCAGAGAUUAUUAAGUGAGAGAUUAACUACUGAGGCUGUGAGAAAUCAACAAAGGUCUAAUGAUGCAGGAGGAGGAGGAGGUGGCGAUGGUGGAGGUGGAGUUGAUCUAGCAAAGUACCAAGAUCAACAAUUCCACACUCAACAGCAGAGCCUAUUUGGUGAACAACAAAGGCAUCCAGAACAUGCCCAGGGCCCCUUUUUAGAAAAUCGACAAUUGAAUGAUCGUUGUGAUGAUAACCAAAGACGAAUAGUUGAUGAUAAACAGGGUGAAAUAAGAAAUCAAGUGAAUCAGCAACCAAAUGAAAAUUCUUGUCUUGAGCAAUCAAAUAAUAAUCAUGAUGAAGAAGUCAAGCCAAAGAUAGACCAGCCCAAACUUUGUAGCCAAGAAGACGAUGAUGAAGGAGGUUUUGUUAAGCGAGGAGCACAAAGUGAUUCUGGUAGAGGUAGCACCGUAUAUUCCAAUGCAAAACCUGUUACAUCUGCAAUUGGAGAUAAGGGAGGUGAGGAAUGGACAGAAAGAGUUGAAACAGAACUAAGGCAGAUAUUAAGUGGAAGUGGUGCCUCCAGUGACAGUAUUUCCUCAGUAUCCCCUCCACUCCCACCUUUGUCUCCUCCAGCUUCAAGUGGAGAUGACAGGCCUAAGUAUGUCCUUAGAUCAAACGCUUUGGGGUUAGGUGUAGGAGGAGGAUUUAAAAAUCAAAAUGGUCCUCUAUGGGUAUCUCGAACCAGCGAAAAGUCUGCCAGGACCCAUCAUAAACAAUCAAAAUCCACUAGUAAUUUAUUAUCAAGCCGUAUUGAAAUAGAUUCAAUGCUUGAUGAAAAUAAUUCAAGUGAUGAGGAAGAUUAUGCUGACACACGCCUCAUUAGAAAACAGUUGGAAGGAUUAGAAAGCAUGUAUGGGCAGGUUCUCAAGCUGCUUAAAGCUAGGAGACAGCAUGGAGGGACAUAUGAUGGAUUAGACUUACGUCACAGCAGAAGAAGAACUUGUGGUAGUAUCAGCUCUGUUCCUAGUUCUGUUAGUUCUAGACCAAUCAGAAACAACCGAAGUCAAACAAGAGGAAAAGUUAGAGAUUUCAAGGGAAUUAAUAAAAGAUUCCAACGUUUGGAAUCUCAUGUUGUGACUCUGGCUAGAAGUGUUGCUCAUCUUUCAUCAGAAAUGAGAACCCAACAUCUCAUGAUGCAGGAAAUGGAAGUAAUGCGUGGAGAAUUAGCGGCUUUGAGAAUUCAGACAAAUGUGCAACAUCAACAACAGCAACAGCAACAGCAACAACCAGGGUUAAUGAAUGCUGCAAGGGGAGAAGGUCAAGGGAAUUCAACAACUCCUGCUAAAGUGAAACGUCUCACAAAGUUUUUUGGUGAUGAACCCCCUUUACUACGACUUUUCCUGAGAGGUCUUGGGUAUGAGAAAUAUGCGAGUUUAUUUGAGAAGGAAAGAAUUGGUCUUCUGGAACUGCCAUAUUUAACUGAAGACAGGCUUCACAAACUUGGCAUUCCAUUGGGUCCAAGAUUGAGGAUACUGCAACAAGCUCACCUUGCAAACCCGAACACUUUAGCAGUACUUUAAAUACACCAAAUAUUUUUUUUGUAUUAUUUGUUUUAUAUUGUUAAUUUUAUUUUAUUAUAUAAAAACGAAAAGAAUGUUUUAUAAAUGUUUCAUAGAAUGAAUGAUCUCUUUUGAAAAUUCUUUUGAAACAAAUAUAGUUGUUUUAUGAACUUACAAAUUUUUUACUAGAUUUUUUUCUUUUUCGAGAUGUUAACAAAGAUUUUACGAAUUCAUAUAAAUCCAAACUUUCACUGCCUAAUCAUUAAAAGUCAAUUAAAGUAGAUCAAAUUGUCAAGACAACAUAGAGAGGAAAAGUAAUAAGAAUUAUUAUUAUAAAAAUAACAUAAUUUUUAAAAUUGAUUUUACCAUUGUAAAAUUAUUCUAUCCAUUCGAUUUUUCCUUAUGUUGUGAUGUUUUGAUAAAAUAUGUCUUUCUGACAAUUUAAUAUGAAAAAAUAUUGAUUUUACAGUUAAAAUGUUGUUUCACUGGAUGAGCAAUAUGACUGGUUGUUUGUUUUACAAAUACCAAAUAUUUUGGUCAGAAACAGUUUAUUCAAAUAUAGUACUUUUAUAAAAAGACAAUGAUAUGAAGAAAAAAACUGACAGAAGAAAUAAAUAAUACAUUUUAAUUAAUUGAACAGGUUCUUCUUAGAAAAAAAAAUAAUUUGUUUAAACUUUUCAGGUAAAUAAAUCUUUUUUAAAAAAAGUUUAACAUUUUAUCAAAUUAAAACACUGGCUGUACAAUACAUCAUUGUAUCAUAUAUCAUUUCAAUACAUCAGACAAUAAAUAGUUUGAAAAUUGACCUACAAGAUUCUGCCCCAGUCAGGUUAGGACUUAAUCAGCCUUUUUAUGCAGAAAUAUCAAUUAUUUAUCAGAUUUUUCUAUGAGGAUUAAAAUGUUAUAACUAUAGGUACAAUACUUGAGGAGAGAAGGUAUAACUGAGAUUUAGUAGUUUAGAUUGUAAGUUAAGAAUUAGUACUUACUUUCAGAAACAUUGUUUUUAAUGUUUUGUAUCUUGGAUUUUUCACCUGGAUCAUUCAAAUUAUUUUUAUUAAAUCUUUAUGGAAAGAUUCAUAUGUAUACAUGUCCGUAAAUUACCUGUAUUAACAUAUUGUUAUUUUUAGUAACACAAUAGAAAGAGCCAUUUAUUUCUAGUUUAUAUGAAAAAAAAUCUAAAAACUCCAUUUAGACACAUUUGAAUUGUAUAUGCAAUACAUCUUAAGUAAGGGUAGCUAACAUGAAGAAAAUAAGCAUCACCAAUCUCAGAAAGGUAAUUGCAAAUUUACUGCUAAAUGUUUCAAUAACUGAUCUAGAAUCUCCAUUGUAUCAACUUGUUAUCAAGUACCGAUUUAUCCAAUGUUAUUUUGAAAAUUACAAUAUAUCAUCUCUUAUAGGUAAAGCAAAUUAAAGGUAAAUUGAUGAUCUAAUACUCUUUUAAAGCAUUUUUUUUUUCAGUUUUAUUAAUAAAUGGAGUUUAUCAAGAGAUUUUAUAGGCUACUCUUAUCUUAGUUUCAGGUCUUGAUAUAUAGUUCUGGAAAAAUGUAUGUACCUGUUACCUUGUAAAUCGGUCAGGUAAAAUAUAGUAAUAAUAAAACUUUUUAUUUCCUAUUUUGUAAAUCUAAUCAUAGUUCAGAGCACAGGUUUUUAUUCAGCUAUAGUUAUCAGAAAUGAAGAGUUGCAAAUAACUAGUGAUAAAAUAUUUGCGGUACAGCUAGGGGGCAUAAAUGGAUGAAUAUGUUAUCUGUAUAUGAGCAAUAUUACAAAAAAAAUGUCCACAAAACUUUUUUCACAUCUUUUAAGAAACUUGAAAAAAUUACCUUAUGUGUUGCUACAUCAUAUAAAAAAAGUAAAGAUUUCUUUAAUAUUUUAAUAUCCUAAAUAAAAAAUAAUUAACCUAAUAAAAAAUCAAAAGUUAUAAAGAAUUUUAUUCUUUUUAAGAAUCAAAUGAAAAAAAUCGUUCAUAGAAACAGCAUUUACAGACAUAUUUUGAAUAUAUCACAACAAAGUUUAAGUUAAAAUUUUAGACUUAUUAGCCACUGAAAAUUUUCCUGAAGGAAAUCUAGUUUUCUAUUGGUGUGUCCCAUUUUAAAGCAAACCCAUGGACCAAUCAAUUUAUUUGUGAGAGAAAGGUACUGACCAGCUUAGAAUGGACGAAUGCCAUGAAAUUGAAUGUUAUUACUCACCUCUCUACGGAGUGCUAGGGACCAGAAGCCAGACUAACGGAUAUAUUGGACCCCUUUGCAGCAAAUGUGCCCGAGAGUCAGAAACUCCAGCUCAUUCAUGUGAUGGGAAAUUGUCCUAAUAACAUGCUCCUUGUCAACCGAUGACACAAUAAUAUAAAACAUCAAAUAGCCGAAUUUCUUGAAAUGAAGAAAUACAAAUGUUUCCUUGAGGUUUAUUGUCUGGAUAUGGAAGGCCCAACUAGGUCGUCGACAUUCUAGCAUUCACUAACACGGAAAAGGAGGCACUAAUAGUGGAUCUCAUGAUCUGAUUUGAAAUGAACGAUCAGGAUCAAGACUUCACAGUACAGGCAAAAAAGGAGGAUAUCUAUAAGAAAUGCAUACCUUACUAAUAGCAAAUUUAUAGAUAGAAGUUUGGCCAAAGAGAAUUCCCAGUUAAAGGACUAUUGUUCGGAAGCAUGGAAACCAGCCCUCUUACUACGAAUAAUUUAUAGCAGAGGCUUAAUUUUGGAAGGGAGUAGAUGCAGACCAUGGCAAAACCUAUGAUUUUAGAUUCAGUAGUAAUCCUCCAUAACCACAUAUAUUGAUUGAUCUUGGCUUUCACUUAUUCGAUCAUAUAUAUUACUCUUGGCAUAUAUAUUGUUCUUGUCAUUUCUUCUAUACCAUUAAUUUCUUGUUCUUGAACCACACUAUUCUACAUACAAUGCACUCAGAUACAUUCAGUAAACUAAGUUACCCUCCUUCAGGCCCCUUCCAAAACACUUUGAUGACAUUAUAAAUAAAGCUCAUCUGAUAUAGCCAUUUUUACAUUUGUCAAAUAAGCUCAAAAAAAAUCUACAACCUUAUGCAGCAAAUUUACCAUUUAAGAAUGUAAAAAAGCAACAGAUCACAUGAUAUCCAAAACUUCAGAUCCUGAUUAAAACCAUUUAAAAAUUAUAAAAAAAUGUGCCCUUCCAAAUAUUAUUAUUAUUAUUUCUAAGUUUAAUCAAUAGACUGUAUAUCUCUUACGUCAAUGUCUUGGAAGAUAAAAAAAAAUUGUAAAUUAGAGAUUGGAAAAAAUAAAAAAAUUAUUAUCACCAAAUCAAUGCGAUUUUAGAUCUUUAUGAUCCAACCAUUAACUAAUGAUUAAAUUUCAUCUUGAAAUUAACAAAGCAUUAAAAAAUAAGCAACACUUGUUCUGUGUUUAUUUUGGUAUAAAAAGGCAUUUGUUAACACAAGAAAAUCUAAUAUAAUUGAAAAAUUAAAAGAAUUGAAUUCUACUAGUAACUAAGUGCGUAAACAUCCCAGCAUUAAAAACACAUUUCCUGUUCUCUUAAACUUUUAAAUGAAAAUUUAAUGUAACAUAAAUAAAAUAUUCAUCAAUAAAAUUAACCAUUUCUGUGUCCAUUAAUAUCUGCCCAGCUGCUACCCACAAAAAUGCUCAGUAGUGAAUGGGAAAAAUACAAUUAAGUUCGCAUUCCAAAAUUUAUAAGUCUUUAGAUCAGAUUUAAAUAAUAGAUGGAAAUAGUUGGCAUACCCUGAAAAGCUCUUCUGUUUUAUAGACAUGGAAAACUUUUUUUUUUUAUUUUAACCUCUAAAUAAAAAAAACAGGUACGUUACUUUUUUUCUACAUUGAGCAACUGGUAUCAAUAAAUUAAGAAUGAAAACCUACUAUCUUCAAAAAAGUUGGAAUAAGGGGAAAAAAAACAUUAAAUCUUGUCUACUGAAUUUAUUUUUAACAUUCCCACUACCUGAAAGAAUGCAUUUUCAGUUUGAAUCCAUUUAUAACAAUAACUCAUUUAAAAAAUAAAAAAGGGCCUUACCUGUUUUUCUCCCUCACCUUUUAUAAGGCCAGUGAAACAUAUUAGCUCAAUUACGGGCUCAUGCAUAUUUUAUUUGUUAGGACAAGUUAUUUCGUUAAUAUCAAAACAAAAUCAAAACCUUCUUAGUUAUCUAUCUGUACAUUAGUUUUCAUAGCAAGUCGAAAUAAAUGCUCUUUCAUAAUGAUUAAUGGACAUUCCAUGUACCUAAAUUAUUUUUUUAAAUAUUAUUUUGAAAGAACAUAGAAAAAAAACAGUAUUUGUAGUUAUGCUUAAACAGUUUUGAUACAGUAUGAAUUUUAACAACAAAUGUAUUUAUGGACACCAAAGAUUACUGUUAUUACUGUAUUCAUGUUAUAUAGGGUUAUUUUUAUAAAGAAAAUGUAAAUAAGAAAUAUAUAACGACAGAUUGUAUAUUUAUAUUAUUCUUAUACAUGUUUAUUUUGUAAAUAAAAAAAUUUUAACAGAUUUUUUUUCUAUAAUAAAUCACAAUAUAUCCUCUUUCUAUAUACAAAUAUAAACUUAUAAACAAAAAUGAAUAUAAACAACAGAUAUUUUUACAAAACAAAAUUCCAUUUGUAAAUAUCAAAAUAUAAUGUUUAUAUCUUUAUAAAAUUAUCUUUCUAAAUGCCAAUCAUUUCAUGGUCCCUGGUUUCUGGUAUAAAGUUUCUUCUCACAACUAUACAGCAACUUUCAACUAGAAUAGAAAAAUAUAAAUACUAAACAUUUAGCAAGAGUAAGAAAAUCAGGUCUAGGAGUUUAUAUUAUAGCACAAUUUUUUGGUUGAUUAUAAAUAAUUAUCCAUUAAAUAUUUUAUCCAAUAGGCACUAAAAAAAAAGUUUUAUGUGACAAAUUAUUGUUAUCAGGCAUGUUUUAAUAAGAUCUGAUGCUUCUCAUACAUAAACUACAAAUAAACUUUAUUACAAAAUUAUAAUAGAACAAAGAAGGAAUUUCUAUAGAAUUAAGUCAUUUGCUAAUAAAUUAAUGAAAAGGUACUAGAAAAAAAUAUUUGAAAUCAUAUGAAAUUAAAAGAAAUAUGCAGUAGGUACAGGACAAAAGUAUAAGUGAAUUUAAUGAAACAGAAAAGAAUCUGGAUAAGAGAAGAUAGUAUAAUACCACGUAUACCACUUAACAUGUAAGUAGAUCAGUGACACAAUUGCAACACAUGGUCAUGGAAAACUGAUAAUGACCAAAGCACAAGAUAUAUAAAUCAUUCAAGAGAGGAAACUAUGCACAACCAUUCAGAUCUUUAUAUUAUUAUAAUUAUCAAUAAUUUAAAUAUAUUAAAAAAUUGUUAUUGAAUGAAGAAAUUAAGUAUAAAAAAGCAAUACAAAUAUGAAAACAAAAUGGUCACCAACAAAGUGAUUAAAUAUCUGUUCUGUUAUUGCUAUUUCAAUGACCAAAUGAAGGCAUGAACUACUAACUCUACAUUCAUAAAAUGAAACUGUUCAGAAAAGAGCAAACACUGAUAAAAACUUAAUGAGUUUUCUUUUUGUCAAUAUUGAUUUUAAACAUACAUACAUACAUUUUAUAUAUAUAUAUAUAUAUUAAGGGAUAAGUUUAACAAGAUUUAGAAUCUUCUUUAUGAAAGUAAAAACCUGUGAUAAUAACCACUGUAACUCGAUUUUCAAAUAAAAUAGAUUAGAAUUUAGCAUUUCACACCUUCCAAUGAAGAUGGCACUGAGAACAAAUGUAAAAUAAUAACUUUACCCCCAAAGUCGCUAUAUAAACUCAAUGAUAAAAUCAUUGAUAGAUAAACUUAUAAAAGCAGUUCUUGACCAUUUAUGUUAGAAAGCUGCAUGUACCAUUUAUGAAUACCAGAAAAUAAAAAAUAGCUAUGAAAUAUUUUAAAAAUAAAGUUAUAAAUAUCAUAAAAACUAGACAAUGAACUUACUUUUAUUUUUCCUGGCACUUCUCCUUUCCUGUCACUGAAUCGCCAAAUCAAUCUUCUUUACAAUUUUUGAAUAGAGUUCUAUUAUAAAGAAAAUAAUAGAAUGGUAACAUGAGGAGUCACUAAUGAACAAAAAAUAUUACUGCAUGGUAUUCAAACUGAUAAAACUAUAGCCUAAUAAAAAUAAACAAAACAUUAAAUUAAAUUAAAAAUUUGAUCCCUUAGAAAAAAAUGGCUUCUUAUUGGAAACAAAAUAUUUUCCCCAAACAAUUAUACAAUAGUUAUUACAAAACUAAACUAAACCCCAAGAAAUGAAAGUGCUUAAGGAUCUGUUUGGAACAUACCUAAGCGUGAGAACACAUUUUAAAACAAAUAUAAAAAUAAACUCUAUACAUUAUAUACAUUUGAUAUAUAUAUAUUUAUAAUAAUUCAAUAAAAAAUUAUAAAUGUGUUUGUAUGAGUUCAAACACAUAUUUACUUUAAAUCUGAGAACAAUAAAAAGAAGGAAUUAACCAGUAUCCAAUGUAGAGAACAACUUAAUAAUAACAAUUGACAGCUUAUAUAAUGUUACAAAAUGUCAAAGUUGAAAUUUGUUCCAGUAUCAAGAGAACUAAAAAGUUCCUGAUCGGAAAAAUUUGUUGCAUCAGAAUGAGGUAGUUGUUCUAGAAAAUCAAGACUAAAUUCUGGAGCAAGCGAGUUCUGCUGAGUAAAAUUCUGAUGCAUAUUGAAAUUUGACUGAGCAUAAUUAGUAUUUGUAUUGGUGUAGGCUGAAGAAAAUGGUACUGUACCAGAGCGGCUAAGUGCUGACAUACUCUGAUGAACACGAACUUGAUUCAUUUGGAUCUGUUGCUGCAUACGUGACAUUUGCAACUGAUUAAUAUGAGCCUCUGAAAUAAAAUCUUGUUGAGGUCUCUGAAUCAUCCAUGUUGGUUCUUGCUGAGGAAGACGGGGGGCUUUAGUAUAACUAGCUCUGGGAAUUGAUAGGUUAUAUCUAGGCAAAUACUGAGGCUGAGGUGCCCGCAACAUUGGACCUGAAGGAGGCAUAGGCUGCAACAUACCAGCUUGUGAAAAGGUAAUCAUUGACUGAUGUGAUAGUUGAUUUUUUGAAUAGUCUAAUUUUACAGGUUGUUGGGGUCUAUACUGAGGUUGAGGACUCAUUUGACCAGUGAAUUGAUAAACCUGUUUAUAUUGAUUAUUAAUUCGUUGAGGUGAGGGUGUUUUACCACUAGGACUACCAGUAUAAGCUACAGGUGAAUUUUGAGCAGAAAAACUCUCUUGUUUAAUCCCAUCAGUAGGAUAUGAAGAAGAUACUUUAAAAUUGGUUUGAUUAACAGGUUGAUUAAUAAAUUCAGUUGUUCCACUGUAUUGAAACUCAUAAGGUUUUUGAUUAAUGCGAGGAUUAAAACCAAUUCCCAUUUGUGCUUUGUGUUGGUGCUGCUCAGCCAUAUUUUUUAAUGUCUGAGCUGCCGGGCUUAGCUCAGGUUUAGCCAUUUCAAGAUUACUUCCACACAAUCGCUGUUGACUCAAUACAGUUUGUACAUUGGCUCCCGAUACCUGAGGUUGAUUUUUCAAUAAAUCCAUCUUCUGUUGUUCUUCAUUUCUUUUUGAUUCACCUCCAUCAAAAUCAAAAUCUUUCAUGAAUUCUGGAUUAUAUUCAGAUAUUUCAGAAAUAAGAUCUUUAAAAGCAUCAGAACUAAUGGCAUCAUUUGUAUCAUCACCUAUAAGGUCUGAAAGUCCUGGAAAUGAGUUACCUCCAUUAGCAGCAGCAUCUUUUUCUAAUGCCGCAGCACAUUGCUCCAAGUCAACAAAUUCGAUGUUCUCUGGUUCUUGCUUACAUUCAAUAAUAUUCAAAUUUCUAGGAGACUGAGGAGAAUUAGGGACAUCACCUUUAACUGAUGUAUUAAGAGCUUUGACAGUUACAUUUGUUGAAAUUUGAGAAUUAGUAGAAGUUGUAGUGAAUUCUAAUUGCUGAACUAUUUCAACAGAAAAUUUGGUCAUAUUUUCAUGUUUUUGUUGUGAUUUAGAGGCAUCUGCAAAAUUAUCAUUGUUAUCAUCUGGAGCACUGCAUUUAGGAAAUUUUGCCAAUGAUAUAUUAUUGGGCAUUGAAUUUUCAGCAGGCUUCUUUUCUGAUUUUUUAACUGGCCUUUUGGGCUUAUUUUCAAGAAAUCGCUGCUUGAGCACAAGGGUAUCUUGCAAAUUUUGUUCAACAACACCAUUGAAAGAGUGAUCAAACCUUGGUAUACAGUUAUUUUGGUGACGACGAUAACCUUCAAUUCGUCUUCUUAAACGCUCAACUACUGCCUGACGUUUAGGAGGUAGUGGUUCAUUGGUAGGCUGCACAGGGCAACCACUACCAUCAAGAACACGAUCAGUUAAAGACGCCAGUUUUAUUUGAUUACACUAAAUAAAGACACCUACUGAAAUAAUUUCCUGCAGCAUUAAUUAUCAUAAUUAUUAAUCAUCAUUAUGGUGAUAAAAGCUUCAGGUAUCAACCAUCUUCUUGUUUGAAAACCUGAUGGUUAGCAUUUUCAUUCAUCUUUCCACUCAUUUGUAAAAAAAUAAAAUAACAUCACGAAGAUAAAUAUUGACUACGUUUCAAAGACGUAGGACGUAAUAACAAAAUGCAACAACACCAAACAUACAUAAAAGUCAUCAUCACUGAAUAAAUGGAGUCAUAGGUAACUUCGGCUUUAAACUCCAACCAUAUAUAACCCUUAUUAAUGUUUUAUUCACUUAAAAUGAUGCAAAAGUAACGAUACCUAGAAAUUCAAAUAUAACACCUGAAUUAACAAAACAA